AUGUUUACUCCAAGUAAGAAGACGAUUGAGGAAGGUGAUAGGGUUGUUGUAUACUUCAACCGUGAUAGGAUGUCACUGGUUCACAUCAAAUCAGGUCAAACAUUUAACAGCAAGUUUGGUAACUUUCAUCACAAGAGAUUGAUAGGUUGUGAUUAUGGCUCAAAGGUUGCCUCUGAGGAUGGAACAGGAUUCAUGCAUAUACUUAGAUUGACACCCGAGCUUUGGUCAUUGACACUGGAUCAUCGCACACAGAUCCUAUUCAAUCUCGACAUCAGUGCCGUCAUCUUUAAUCUAGAGGUACGCAAUGGCAGCAAGGUGGUGGAGUCUGGCACUGGCAGUGGCUCCCUCUCAACAUCUUUUGCGAGAACAAUUGCCCCAUUGGGUCAUCUGUACACGUUUGAGUUCCACGGAGAGAGAGCAAAGCAUGCUCAAAAAGACUUUGCUGACAAUGGUAUCGAUAAGUACAUCACAGUGACACACCGCGAUGUCUGUAAGCUUGGAUUCCAGCUGCCUGAAGAAACCGAUAUGAUUGGACACAUCGAUGCAGUCUUUCUUGACCUGCCCUCCCCGUGGGAGGCCAUUGAUCAUGCCAUCGCAGUGAUGAGAGAAGGUGGAAUGUUGUGCUCAUUCUCUCCAUGUAUCGAGCAGGUACAAGCGGUCUGUCUCAAGUUGGAUCAAUCAGACUUUGAAGAAAUCAAAACAAUUGAAGUGUUGAUGAGGAACUACGAUGUUAGAGUGCAGGAGGACGAAGAACUCUUCCUGAACAAUCCAUACAAGACAUUUGAAAGCAAACAACAACAGCUGCAACAACAAGGAGACGAUAACAAAUCACAGGUUAGAAAGAGAAAGAAAUGGGAGAGUGGAACUGUGGAGUCAUUCGAAGUUGGUUGCAUCCAAGGUGAGAUGAACAACAAACUGAUGAUGAAGCCACAGACAAUGGAAAGAGGUCAUACAGGUUAUCUUACAUUUGCCAGAUGGAUGCCAAAGAUAUAA